AGGUUUUAUAAUGGUCAUCUCGAUAGAUUAAUAAAUCUCAGGUUUUUCCACUCAGUUAACUCGUGAGUAGCCGUGACAGUAUCCUGUGUAUCUAAAUCUGUCACUCUGUCGUGCUGCUAAAACCCUAAAACUCCACCCCAAAAAACAAUUAAACAUGAAGAAGACCAAAUCACCACAAAAUCAACAAGCCGAGCUUCUCAAAACCCUCGGCGACUUCACCAGCAAGCAAAACUGGGACGAUUUCUUCACCAUCCGCGGCACCGACGACUCGUUCGAGUGGUACGCCGAGUGGCCUCAACUCAGUCCCGCCCUCCUCUCUCACCUCUCCGACUUCCUCUCCCUCUCUCCGCCCCCGCAGAUCCUCGUCCCCGGUUGCGGCAACUCGAAACUCUCCGAGCACUUGUAUGAUUCCGGUUUUAGAGAUGUUACGAAUGUGGAUUUCUCGAAAGUCGUGAUUUCGGAUAUGUUGAGGAGGAAUGUGAGGGAGAGGCCGGGGAUGCGGUGGCGCGUUAUGGAUAUGACUCAUUUGCAGUUUGCAGAUGAAACAUUUAAUGUUGUUCUUGACAAGGGAGGGUUAGAUGCUCUAAUGGAGCCAGAGCUUGGUACAGAUCUUGGAAAUCGCUACUUGUCAGAGGUAAAGAGAGUUUUGAAAGAUGGAGGGAAAUUUAUCUGUCUCACCUUGGCAGAGGCUCAUGUGUUGGGACUGCUUUUUCCUAAGUUCCGAUAUGGGUGGAGUCUGAGCCUUCAAGCUAUACCACAGAAGCCUUCCAAAAAACCUAGUCUGACAACUUUUAUGCUGAUUGCCAAGAAAGAGAGUUCACCAGAAUUGCAGAAAGUAUCAUCAUCAAUUCAUUCUGCCACUGGUUUAUAUGGGGAUCAGGCUCGUGGACUGUUUGAAGCACUUGAAAUUGAGAAUAAUUUUCGUACGGCGCACGCGAAUGGUUCUGAUAUGCUGUACUCUCUUGAAGAUUUGUGUCUCGGAGCUAAAGGAGACCUAUCGGAGCUUAGACCGGGACGUCGCGUCCAGCUUACCUUGGGUGAACCAGGGCGCUCCCAGUUUUUAUAUAAAGCUGUUCUUCUUGAUGCACAGAAACAGUCUGAUUCUUUCUUGUAUCAUUGUGGUGUUUUUCUUGUCCCUAAGACUCGUGCUCAUGAAUGGAUCUUCUCCUCAGAAGAAGGACAAUGGACGAUCAUUGAGAGUUCAAAGGCUGCUCGUCUCAUAAUGGUAUUACUAGAUUCGAGCCAUGCCAGUGCCAGCACAGAAGAUAUACAAAAGGACCUAUCACCUUUAGUGAAACAAUUAGAACCGGGAAAAAAUGAUUCUGGAGCCCUAAUUCCGUUCAUGGCUGCAAGCGAUGGGAUUGAGAAAAGGAAUGUUGUUUACCAGGUUGAUUCUGCCUUGACUGGUCCAGUUAUCGUUGAUGACGUAGUAUAUGAAAAUGUUGAUGACGAUAUUAGUCGUCUAUUUCCAUCAAAAGAGUUGAUAUUUCGUCGUCUUACUUUUGAAAGAUCUAUGGGUUUAGUUCAGUCAGAAGCUUUGCUAACAGGAGAAAAAAGUAAAACAAUUGUCAAUGUGAAAGAGCAAAAGAAAUCUCGUUCAUCCUCAAAAUCUAGAAAGAAAGGGAACCAGAGCGGAAGUUCUUCUAAUGUGUCACUAAUAAAUGAAAACAGUGCUCCGGAAAUUGAUCAUGACUAUUUGGCGAGUUCGUAUCACACUGGAAUUGUUUCAGGGCUUAUGUUGAUAUCUUCCUUCCUUGAAACCGUGUCAUCAAACGGAGGAAUGGUAAAAGCAGUUGUAAUCGGUCUUGGAGCAGGGUUGCUUCCUAUGUUUCUUCACCGGAGCCUUCCAUGUUUAAGCAUUGAGGUAGUUGAGUUGGAUGCUGUCAUCCUUGAUCUUGCUAGAGAUUACUUUGGUUUUAGAGAAAGUGAUCAUAUGACGGUACAUAUCACAGAUGGGAUCCAGUUUUUGAGGGACGUAGCAGCUUCCAAGAUAGCAGCUGAUGGGGUGAAUCCUAAUGAUAGAAGUUGCUCCUAUUCGAGUGAUGCCAACGCAGAAGAGAAGUGGAUUGACAAAAUUGGCUUACUUAUAGUUGAUGUUGAUUCAUCUGAUUCGAGCUCGGGAAUGACCUGCCCUGCUGCAGAUUUUGUUGAAGAGUCUUUUCUGUUGACUGUUAGAGAAUCUUUGUCCAAUACAGGUCUUUUUGUUGUUAAUUUGGUGUCAAGGUCAGCAUCUAUAAAGGACUUGGUUCUUGCAAGGAUGAAAACGGUGUUUGGCAAACUAUUUUCACUUCAGCUGGAAGAGGACGUCAACGAGGUUAUUUUUGCUCGUAAAACGGAAGAUGGUAUCGAGGAAGGUAGUUUUCACGAAGCCUCUCAACAACUCGGUAAAUUAUUAAACCUAAAACACGCAGAGUUGAGCCAAAACAUUACAGAUGUCGCAAAGAAGAUCAAACAUCUCAAGUAAUGUUUAAGUUGGAAAGAGAAAAACAUUUAAAAGAUGCAAACAUGUGUUGAUCGUGUAAAAUACAAGCCUACCCAUCUGACGGAUGGGCGAUGUUACACGCCAAUGAAAAGUCUGCGAAGGCCAUUCGUAAUCAAAUUUGAUCAAGUAUCCAACGUCAAGGGUUUAGGAGUCGAUAUAUAUAACUGUGUACUGUGAGAAAUAUAAUGUGUUUUUUUUCUCUUAUUUAUUUUGUUCUGGGAUUGUACUAUUUAGUUAACUGAUGUCAUAUGCAUUGAAUGUACUAAAUAGAGGCACAACUCAAAUUUGUUAAGCUUGACCCAUAUAAAUAUUAAUUUUGGUUAUACA